GCUACUGUUAAAUGAUAUCAUUCUCAGGAUGUACUUCAGCAACUCCCGAGUGUGACGCACUUGGAGGUACUUGCAUGGACUCCGGGACCUGUACCGAAAUUAGCUAUGACGCAUGCGGCUCUUCAUCUUGCACCUGCUGUGUCCCUGAUGAUGGGAAUUGUGCCAGGUUACCAAAUUGUGAGUAUUACGGAGGGCAAUGCAUCCAUCUUGAAAAUGCCUGCCAAUGCCCAGGCAUUCUCGACCCCUCUAGCUGCCUUGGCACCAAUUGUACCUGUUGCAUGUACGGUUGCUUAACAACGUACGAAUGCGCAUUUGCUGGAGGCUACUGCUUCCGAAGAGAUGGUCCCCACGUGUGUGGCGGAGAGGUCCUGGACUUAUGCAUCGAUGACCUCUGUCAUUGCUGUGUGAAUCCUCACUGCCCUGAUGAUGGUCACUGUGACGGUCACCAUCAUGGUCACCAUCACCAUCACCAUCACCAUCACCAUCACGGUCAUGGUCACUGGGAUUACCAUUACGGAAGCAAUGAAGGCAGCUACGAAGGAAGCAAUGAAGGCAGCUACGAAGGAAGCUAUGAAGGCAGCCAUGAAAAUAACGGCCAUGGUUACGGUCAUGGUAACGGCCAUGGUAAUGGUCAUGGUAAUGGCCAUGGUAACGGUCAAGGUAAUGGCCAUGGUAACGGUCAUGGUAGUGACGAGGGUAGUGGCGAGGGUAACGGUCAGGGUAAUGGUCAGGGUAACGGCGAGGGUAAUGGCCAGGGUAACGGUCAGGGUAAUGGUCAGGGUAACGGCGAGGGUAAUGGCCAGGGUAACGGUCAGGGUAACGGUCAGGGAAAUGGUCAGGGUAACGGCCAGGGUAACGGUCAGGGUAACGGUCAGGAUAACGGUCAGGGUAACGGCCAGGGUAAUGGUCAGGGUAACGGUCAGGGUAAUGGUCAGGGUAACGGACAGGGUAAUGGCCAGGGGAAUGGCCAGGGUAACGGUCAAGAUAACGGUCAGGGUAACGGCCAGGGUAAUGGUCAGGGUAAUGGUCAGAAUAAUGGUCAGGGUAACGGUCAGGGAAAUGGUCAGGGUAACGGUCAGGGAAACAGUAAGGGUAACGGCCAGGGAAAUGGCCAAGGAGGAGGAAGUGAUGCUCAAGCCCCUGCUGUUGCAAGCAACACAGUAAAAAGUCCUGCUGUAGCCCCUUCUACUGGUAACAACACAAUAAACAGUAAUGCUGUAGCACCUGCGGUUGCUAACAGCACAGAAAACAGUCCUACUGUAGCCCCUGCUGUUGCUAACAGCACAGUACACAGUCCUGCUGUAGCCCCUGCUGUUGCUAACAGCACAGUAAACAGUCCUGCGGUGGCCCCUGCUGUUGCUAACAGCACAGUACACAGUCCUGCUGUAGCCCCUGCUGUAGCCCCUGCUACUGGUAACAACACAAUAAACAGUACUGCUGUAGCGCCUGCUGUUGCUAACAGCACAGAAAACAGUCCUACUGUAGCCCCUGCUGUUGCUAACAGCACAGUACACAGUCCUGCUGUAGCCCCUGCUGUAGUCCCUGCUACUGGUAACAACACAAUAAACAGUACUGCUGUAGCGCCUGCUGUUGCUAACAGCACAGUAAACAGUCCUACUGUAGCCCCUGCUGCUGGUAACAACACAAUAACUACUGUAGCACCUGCUGUUGCUAACAACACAGUAAACAGUCCUGCUGUAGCCCCAGCUGUAGCCCCUGCUGUUGGUAAACCCAACGGUAACGGUAAUGGAGCUCCAAAAGCGAAUCCACAUGCAGCAGGCUAACCGUUGCAACCAGAGGAAAGAAAGUGGCGUUGUCUCCCACUAGAGGUGCAAGGCUGCUCUAAGAAGACUAAGACUGACAUUCAUUAACAAUCAUAACUUGAUAUUCAUAAACUGUAAACUCUUGUGAUUCCUUAAGAUAUGUUUUCUGAAAGAUUAAAAUGUAAUUCAUUCUGCAAUUAAAUAGCAAGCAUUGUA